ACCAUAACGGAACUUUAAAAUUCGGAGCGCCGAUUGCCAGAGAACAAGUUUCUCGGUGGCGCAAUGACGCCGCAACUGGGCGAGAUGGGCGGAGCCUCGAGAGACUAGCGUCCGUCUGAGCCAAUCAGCGGGUACCAUCAGCGCCGCAGCCCAAUGGAGGUGCCCUGUGAGCACGCUGGGGGCGGGCCCGGUGCGUAAGACUUUUCGAGAAGACCCGCAUAGAGCACGUUGUUCUCGGCCUCUCCCUGAGCUAGGCCAACUAUGGCGGCGGUGAAGACCCUCAACCCUAAAGCCGAGGUGGCUCGGGCGCAGGCAGCGCUGGCAGUGAACAUCAGCGCGGCACGGGGCCUGCAGGAUGUUCUGAGGACCAACUUGGGGCCUAAGGGAACCAUGAAGAUGCUUGUUUCUGGUGCUGGAGACAUCAAGCUUACCAAAGAUGGCAAUGUGCUGCUUCACGAAAUGCAAAUUCAACACCCAACAGCCUCUUUAAUAGCGAAAGUAGCUACAGCCCAGGAUGACAUAACGGGUGAUGGCACCACAUCCAAUGUCCUUAUCAUUGGGGAGCUGCUGAAACAGGCGGACCUCUACAUCUCCGAGGGUCUUCACCCCAGGAUAAUAACUGAAGGCUUUGAAGCUGCAAAGGAAAGGGCACUCCAGUUUUUGGAACAAGUGAAAGUAAGCAGAGAGAUGGACAGAGAAACACUCGUCGAUGUGGCCAGAACAUCUCUGCGAACUAAAGUUCAUGCUGAACUUGCAGAUGUCUUAACAGAGGCUGUGGUAGACUCCAUUUUGGCCAUUAAGAAAAAAGAUGAACCCAUUGACCUCUUCAUGGUUGAGAUCAUGGAGAUGAAACAUAAAUCUGAAACUGAUACAAGCUUAAUCAGAGGGCUUGUAUUGGAUCAUGGAGCACGGCAUCCUGAUAUGAAGAAAAGGGUAGAGAAUGCCUACAUCCUCACAUGCAACGUGUCCUUGGAGUAUGAGAAAACAGAAGUGAAUUCUGGGUUCUUUUAUAAAAGUGCGGAAGAGAGAGAAAAGCUAGUAAAAGCUGAAAGGAAGUUCAUUGAAGACAGGGUUAAAAAGAUAAUAGAGCUGAAAAAGAAAGUCUGUGGUGACUCAGAUAAGGGAUUUGUCGUCAUUAAUCAAAAGGGGAUUGACCCCUUUUCCUUAGAUGCCCUUGCAAAAGAAGGCAUUGUGGCUCUGCGUCGGGCCAAGAGGAGAAACAUGGAGAGGCUGACACUUGCUUGUGGUGGGGUGGCUCUGAAUUCCUUUGAUGACCUGAAUCCUGAAUGUUUGGGACAUGCGGGUCUUGUCUAUGAGUAUACCUUGGGUGAAGAGAAGUUCACCUUUAUUGAGAAAUGUAAUAAUCCCCGUUCUGUCACAUUGCUGGUUAAAGGACCAAAUAAGCACACACUGACUCAAAUCAAGGAUGCUAUAAGAGAUGGCUUGAGGGCUGUCAAAAAUGCCAUUGAUGAUGGCUGUGUUGUACCCGGUGCUGGUGCAGUAGAAGUGGCAAUGGCAGAAGCUCUGAUUAAAUACAAGCCCAGCGUGAAGGGCAGGGCUCAGCUUGGAGUCCAGGCAUUUGCGGAUGCCUUGCUCAUUAUUCCCAAGGUUCUUGCGCAGAACUCUGGUUUUGACCUUCAGGAAACACUAGUCAAAGUUCAAGCUGAGCAUUCAGAAUCGGGUCAACUAGUGGGUGUGGACUUGAACACAGGUGAGCCGAUGGUGGCCGCAGAGAUGGGCGUGUGGGACAACUACUGUGUGAAGAAGCAGCUGCUCCACUCCUGCACUGUGAUUGCCACCAACAUUCUCCUGGUGGAUGAGAUCAUGAGAGCUGGGAUGUCCUCUCUGAAAGGUUGAAGAAGUCUCCCUUGUCGCUGCAUCUGUAAUACUACAGGCUGACGUGGGGAAAUGGUCGUUUUUAUCCAAGCUUCAAGUGAUUUGGAAAAGAAAUUUUCUUGUCCCAGUUGAAGAAAAGGGAACAGGACAUUUGGAACCUAUUCAAAUUAUAAUACUGUAAAAAAAAUUUUUCACUGUACGCAUAAAGCAGACACACUGAACAAGAGGUUUCAGCUACAAUGAUACAAAAUUACAUAUUAAGAUAAGUGUGUUGUCUACCUUGUUCCUUAAAUGUUAUUUGAAAAAUUGUAAUGGUUUUCUUCUAAACAAGGCAUAGUGGGGCUGUAAGCCUAGCACUUUGGGGGAAAAAAAGGUCAGGGCAUUAACUCGGGCUGCAGGAGACCCCCACUCAAAAGAUUUUUUUUUAGCGGAUGUAUUAUAAAUUAGCCAACUAACUCUGUUAAACAUGUAAGAUUCUUACCAGUGCAAAACACAUGUGGUUAAUUUAUGGUUUUCAUAGUGUAAUAAAUACUUAAAGGUACUGGAUCAUCCACACUUCUGAAGUAACUGCUAAAAAAUACUUCCCUCAGAAAAGUGAAUUUGAGCCAGGCGGUGGUGGCGCACGCCUUUAAUCCCAGCACUGGGGAGGCAGAGACAGGUGGAUCUCUGUGAGUUCGAGGCCAGCCUGGUCUACAAGAGCUAGUUCCAGGACAGGAACCAAAAGCUACGGAGAAACCCUGUCUCGAAAAAUCAAAGAAAAAAAAAAAAGAAAAGUGAAUUUGAGGUUAUCACAUGGAGGCUGGGGCGGGGAUAACAAUUCUGAAGCCCCGUUGCAAACAGCUUGAGAACACUAGCGGCAGAAACAGUUACAAGGAUCACAGCCAGAAUACAGCUGAAGAAUGAAGACGGGUGAAGAAAUACAGCAAUUUUAGGCUGUUUUCAAACCUUUUAAGUUUUAGAUUUUCCCAUCAUACCUGUCACAAGUUUUGUCAACUUUUUUUCAUCUAAAUACUCUUGGUUUCCGUGUAUAUGAUCUGUUAUAUAUGCCAUCUUCCCAAAUGGAGUGUUGUGGGGGGGCGGUCCUCAGUAUUCUCUACAAUGAUUGAAAUAAAAAUGUGAAACCUGG